AUGGCAACAUCUCCCGAAGGCGAGUCCCGCUCGCCGGCGAACCACAUCGAGCUUGUCGACGGCAAUAGUUCACGGCACGACGGAGAAACAAGCCCUGGCCUGAGGGACAGCAAGGGUUGGGAUGGGAAGCUGCGUGUGCCGAAAAGCGCUGUGCUAGCCAACCCUGAGGCGCUGUCGGACCCGGAGUACUCGGAUGAUGACAAUGUCGUGCCUGGGGAUGAAGUAGCGGCGGACGAGGACCUUCUCGACGGCGAAGACCCCGACACUGAUGAAAUCAUUUCAACUCACUCUCGAAUUCGAUCGAUCCCCGCCCUCCGCCUCGAACGUUUCAAGAAAGUGGCCCGCAUCUGCCUGCGCCAGAAUCUGAUCCAGCACAUUGAGGGGUUCUCGAGCCUUGCCGCCACCCUCGUUGAUCUCGACCUUUACGACAACCUUAUCUCCCACAUCCGCGGUUUGGACGACCUCGUCAACCUUACAUCCCUUGAUCUCUCUUUCAACAAAAUCAAGCACAUCAAACACAUCUCCCACCUUGCCAAUCUCACCGACCUAUUCUUCGUUGCAAACAAGAUUUCUACCAUCGAUGGCCUUGACGGCCUCACAAAACUCCGCAACCUCGAGCUCGGCUCCAACCGUAUCCGCGAACUCCAGAACCUCGACUCCCUCACCGCGCUCGAGGAGCUCUGGGUUGCCAAAAACAAGAUCACCUCUCUCGCCGGCCUCUCCGGCUUGCCCAAGCUCCGUCUCCUGUCCGCUCAGUCGAACCGCAUCCGCGAUCUUUCCACGCUGCGCGAGGUACCCCAGCUUGAGGAGCUGUACGUCUCCCACAACGCGCUCGAGUCACUCGCGGGGUUGGAACACAACACGAAAUUGCGAGUUCUCGAUGUGACAAGCAAUCAAGUCACGUCGUUGGCGGGGCUCGAGCCGCUGGCUGAACUGGAGGAGUUCUGGGCUAGUUACAAUCAGGUCGCUGAUUUUGGAGAAGUCGAGCGCGUGCUGGCUGACAAGAGUUCUCUGAGUACGGUUUAUUUUGAGGGAAAUCCGCUGCAGUUGCGUGGACCUGCCUUGUAUAAGAAUAAGGUCCGUCUCGCCUUGCCGCAGGUCAGGCAGAUUGAUGCGACAUUUGUGCGCACUUGA